AUGUCGAGCGCGACGCCCUCGACGUCAGCCGGAAGUAGUCCUCGGCGUGAAGGAGAAGAAGAAGUGGACGAGCGCGUCAUCGGAGGUGCGGAAACGCUAGAGGAGUUUCUUCGUGCAGUUCGUGAGGAUGAGUGGAAGCGCGUGCGGGAAAUUUCUUGUCCGAGAAAGGGGGACCUACUGCACAACCGGUGGCUUCAUGUCCGCCAAGAUCACGUAAACGGACUUUUGACGGAACUUUCGAAGCGCGGUACGCAUGUUCCUCAUUCAAUUUACUUUGUGCUUGCGGAAUUGCUUUCCAGCAUCUACCGUGAUCGCGAUUAUGCUGGCAGGAGAGAUUUUAUGUGUGUAACGUCGGCGCUUGACAGCGAACUAGCGGGCUGGCGGUUGCUGCUGAAGAUUUACGACAACGAUCCCCAUCCGCCUGACCUUAACAAAAUUCCAUCCACCGAGAGUGUGCCCUGCAGACCGUUUAUGGUUAAUUGCAUAUCUGCGAUUUGGCAACCGAGACGCGGCCGCUUUGUCAGCCGAUCGUAUUUGGACGAUCACCUCGGGCUUCGCUUCGAAGACGUGAUCAACGAAUUUUCAGCACGAGGCGUCCGGAUCACCGCGAAGUUCCUUAAGGUGUUGAUGAACAUGAUUACCGACCAGGAGCUGAAAGACAUGAUGAAAAACCCAACGCUUGAUCAACAACAACAGCGCGAUCCGGUUAAAGAGGUCCGGCGGUUGUGCCUGCACACCGCGGACUUGCUGACAAAGGGCUUAGCGCCAGAGCGUGCAGCGGAAGUACUGAGUGCGGCAGUGAAAGACGUCCCCUACCAUGCUCCAGAGUUUUUGGCCUUCGACCAGCAUCUGCUUCGUGCGUUUGUGGCUCGUGGCGCAGCUGUCCCGAUCGGGCUCUACCAGACGAUUCUCGACGCAGAGGGUCAAGAUGGUAACCAGCUUUUCUCGCGGAUCGCUAUCGAAGUUCCCGAGCGUCCGUUCUACAGUGUGAUGGAGUAUCACUUCGUUCGGAUCUUCGAUGAGAUUGAUCCAAGUCCGCCUGAUCUGAAUGAGCCCGUGCUGAGCAAGUCGAUCUGCAUGAUAUUGCGUGCGUGGCUGCGCUGCUUCUGCAGAGGCGAGGACGACGAGCAGAUGAUAAUCAGUCUGCUGUCUCGCUUCGUGGCGCGUGGAUUUCGCGUACCGCACCACCUUUACCUGGGCAUGGCGCAAGAGAGAAAAGCCUCUAUUCUGCUGCCGGUUUUCGACGAGAAUCCGCACUACCCGGACAUCACUGCAGUAGACGACGAGUAUGGGACGACCUCCACUCUGGCGCAUUUCUUUCGCGACGACUACGACACCAUGCUGCAACUUCUGCAGAGGGGUGCGCGCUGCCCGAAAGAUCUCGGCCUGCGAGCACGGAAUGAACCAGGUUCUAUGGCCCGACUGGCAGAAGAUUCGCAGAAUGUGCACACGGCUUUCAUGACAGAGCAUUUGAAGACUUGUUUGAAAGCGGCGAAAGCCGCUUUGCAAAGUCAACACGUCAACUCCAGCAAGACUUCUUCGGGGGCCAGCAGCGAGUCCGCCUUAGAUAAGGAAGCUUUUUUAUCAAAGGUGACGACGGCACUGCGCCACGACCUUGUUGUUGAUCGUUUGACGAGAACCGUUCCACGUGCCCAGGGCAGGAGCAUGGCACAAAUCAGGGAAUCGAUUCGUGGUGCCGUGGAUCGCUUCUACACGACUCUUGCGAGAACCUACGGAGGAAUGAUUUGCACCGGGCCGGAGGCGCUUUCGGUCGUGUAUCAAUAUCUGGUCUUGCACGGUCAAGAUGAUAACUCCGAGAUGAAUCACGACGACGCAGUUUUUCUCCUGUGCCAGCAACUCCUUCAGUCCGCCUCAGAGUACGGCUGGGACCUUCCGGCCUGUGGGCCCGGAAGCAUCGCGAUGAUUCUGACUCUAUUACAGGCACGAGUGAACCUAGCAGAAGCUUCUGAAGAUUCCGCCCCGCUGCCUGCGGACAUGCAGGAAUUCGAGAAACUUCUCCUGACGCAGCAAAUUCAAGAUCAAAGCUCAGUGAAAGAAGAAGCACGCGCCCGGCUGCUGGAAUACUGUCAUCGCGGUGACAUCCAGAUCAAGAAAAUCUACGACGCAAUAGCAUCAGGUGAAGAGGGCAGCUGCACUUGGGGAGUGAAUUCCCUUCGCGGUUUGUUUUUCCAAGCGUUACAGGCGGAGUUCGCGCAUUUGUUUGCAAAAGUAGUUCCUGAACCGGAUGAGGAUGGGUUCGCUGCCAUGACAACAGAUGCUGGACAGCUGUUGCAGACGGUCACUGGAAUUGCGGAGACAUUCACAAGAACCCUGACUCAAGAAUGGACGAACGUGCCGGAGUUGCUGGAGCCAUUUCUUGAUGAACAGGACGAGCAAAGUAUAUACUGCAGUUCACAUCGCAGGCUUUUCCUUUUGUGUGCUUGAUCGAUCGUACUUAUGUUUUUGAUCGUGAAGAAGUAUUGCUUCUGAAGAUCCAGAUGAGAUGAACAUGAGGACCGCAUUUCAACGACAACAGUCAAGAAAGCCACCCUUUACAAAAUAAUUACAGGCGGACCAGAGUCCAAAUUGUAGUAGAAGAAAGCACACGGUGGAGGCGAAGGAAGAUGCUCGCGGGCGGGCGAAAGAAAUUAUUGUGUCCUGCGAGAGCUGCAGAUAACGCCGCUCGUGAAGAUGAUCGGAAAAAUUAAUAAAAUUAUGUGCUGAAGCUGAACGCUCGGAUGGAGAACAACUGUAAGAAGAAUCAUGAGCACCACAGGCCGGAAGCGGAACUUCUUCUUCACCUCCUGGCGCCUUUUCUCGAUUUUCGGGAGGAGCAAAGUAAGUACUUCUACUACUGCACUGCUGAAUGUAGAUUCGCUCGAUCGGUCGGCACUCUUAUAUAUUUUAUUAGAUUUCUUCAUGCAGCUCCAACUUUGCAGAUGACCAUCAUGAUGAAGAUGUACAGUAGCGGGUACUUAGCGCCGAGCCGCUGUAUCGAAGAAGAAGAACCGGCACUCGACGUGCAAGAGUAACUUAUUCAUAUUUAUGCUGAAGCUUAAAUCAACAUCGCAGGUUUUUGAAACGCCUCGGGCCAGUCUCCGGAACAGGAUCCAGAUAUGCACCAGCAUAGUACCGUCGGUGCGUCAGCGAGGAGCGCUGUUGCACGAGUAUCUGCUCGGGGUCGAUGAAGUGCUGAUGCUGUGAAAAAUAAGAAUCUUCAUGUAUGUUCUGACGUAACUAACUGCUCGUCUCAGACGCAAACUCAAAAUUGAAACGGGUAGUCUGCUGGUUCUUGGUCGAUUUACCUCUAUAUCUAUUCUCAUUCCGUAGCACCAGCCGCAAUGUAAUUUAUUCCGCUUUACAUACCUGAAAAUUGAUGUAGAUGAAAGAGAGACUUAUCGAUUUGCUAUAUAUUUUCGCACUCUUUUAUUUUAUAGCCAUGAUUUGGAACACGAAUAACUACAAUUGCAUGAGAUGAAAAGCGAUUGGAAAAAGCUCGCUCAGCGGCAUCUGCCGCUGGAGGUCACGCACAACAGAAGAAAAAAUUGAAGUAGCGUUACUUUAUUCGAGAUCGUUUUUUUUUUUUACGUUUUUAUAUCGAGACAACAAAAAUCCGUAUUUCUUGCUAAACAAAACUCACAGUUCAAGGCCCAAAUAGAGUUUUGGUUUUCAUUUCAACACGUGUCCGCUGUCCAAAAGAGAGUCGCUCGGAUGUCGAUACCCUUCCGAAAAAGUGUUGAGAACCAAAGAAAAGAACUAAACUCUAUGAAACAAAAACUAUUAUGUGUAUGUCGCUCGUCGUGUAUGAUUUAAUUCGAACCGCACACGGGGGAGGAAAUACAAACAAAUAGAUGCAUACGACCGAUGACUAUGUUUUUCUGAAGACGAUGAACGGUUCUCCGAAAGUCUACAACUUGAAGAAGAACACAAAAACCGCACGACAAAUGAGAUUUUUAUUUUGGAAAAACAAUGAAAAAAAGAUAAAAUAAAAAAAGAGCGUGAUGACGAGGACAAG